AUGGCGAACAGCAGCGGCUCCAAGGCCGAAUUCAUCGUAGGAGGGAAAUAUAAACUGGUGCGGAAGAUCGGGUCGGGCUCCUUCGGGGACAUUUACCUGGCGAUCAACUUCACCAACGGCGAGGAGGUGGCGGUGAAGCUCGAAUCUCAGAAGGCCAGGCACCCCCAGUUGCUGUAUGAGAGCAAACUCUACAAGAUUCUCCAAGGUGGGGUUGGCAUCCCCCACAUACGGUGGUAUGGGCAGGAAAAGGACUACAACGUGCUGGUCAUGGAUCUUCUGGGACCCAGCCUCGAAGACCUCUUCAACUUCUGUUCGAGAAGGUUCACAAUGAAAACUGUCCUUAUGUUAGCGGACCAGAUGAUCAGUCGAAUCGAGUAUGUGCACACCAAGAAUUUUAUACACAGAGACCUCAAGCCAGAUAACUUCCUCAUGGGUAUUGGGCGGCACUGUAAUAAGUUAUUCCUUAUUGAUUUUGGUUUGGCCAAAAAGUACAGAGACAACAGGACCAGGCAACACAUACCAUACAGAGAAGAUAAGAACCUCACUGGCACAGCCCGGUAUGCCAGCAUCAAUGCACAUCUUGGUAUUGAGCAGAGUCGCCGAGAUGACAUGGAAUCAUUAGGCUAUGUUUUAAUGUAUUUUAAUAGAACCAGCCUGCCGUGGCAAGGACUGAAGGCUGCAACAAAGAAACAAAAGUAUGAAAAGAUUAGUGAAAAGAAGAUGUCCACUCCUGUUGAAGUUUUGUGUAAGGGGUUUCCUGCAGAAUUUGCUAUGUACUUAAACUAUUGUCGUGGGCUGCGCUUUGAGGAAGCCCCGGAUUACAUGUAUCUGAGGCAGCUAUUCCGCAUCUUUUUCAGGACCCUGAACCAUCAGUAUGACUACACAUUUGACUGGACAAUGUUAAAGCAAAAAGCAGCACAGCAGGCAGCCUCUUCCAGUGAGCAGGGUCAGCAGGCCCAAACCCCCACAGGUUUCUAAGCAUGAAUUGAAGAACAGAAGAAGCAGAG